AUGAGUCUUCCCAUGCAAUCACUGUCAUUGAAGACAUUCCAGAGAGUCGCUUCCAGACAGACCAGACUUUUCACCACCGCCGUUCCAGGACCAAGCAGUACGACUGGUGGAGCUGGGAUCGGAAAUGUGGAGAGUCAAUUGCUUCCAUCCAUGAACGAUGCUGAACUUUUCAAGCACUGUAAAUAUCCUCGUACGACUUCGAUCAUUGGAGCUCCCAUGACAUUUGGCCAGCCGUUUGUAGGAACUGACGCAGGUCCUGCACUGUUACGAGACCGUGGUCUGCGCAACGUUUUGACGUCGCUUGGUUGGAGGGUUGAGGAUUUGCCGGAUCUGGACUUUGACACCGAACAGGUUUCGGACGCAAGGGAUCCCCCGAAUGCUCGCAACUGUUCAUUGGUGGCACAGGGAACGUCUAAACUGGCUGAUACUGUCGAGUCCAAACUGCGCAAGGGUCACUUUCCUCUGGUUAUUGGAGGCGAUCACUCUGUUGGAAUCGGUUCCCUCACCGGUAUUCUCCGAGUGAUUCCUGACAUUGGUAUUAUCUGGGUGGAUGCCCAUGCUGACUUGAACACCCCAGCAACUUCUGGAAGUGGGAACAUGCAUGGUAUGCCCGUUGGUCUAUUGCUUGACCAUUCAGAGGAAAAUGCCGUCGACUUUACAAAGCUACCCGGAUUUGAAUUCCUUAUCGACGGUCCAAGAAUCUCUCCCGACCAAAUCGUCUACAUUGGAUUGCGGGACAUUGAUCCUACGGAACGUCUCUGGAUUCGAGACUAUGGUAUUAAGGCAUUUACUAUGUACGAUAUCGAUCAUUUUGGCAUUGGAAAAGUUAUGGAUAUGGCAUUCGAACAUCUCAACAAGGGUAACCCGAACCGCCCCCUUCACAUCUCGUAUGACAUUGAUGCAGUGGACCCACUUCUUGCCCCAGCAACCGGUACCAAAGUACGAGGAGGCCUCACAUAUCGCGAAGCGCAUUUUGUAGCCGAAGCUGCGGCUCAGAGUGGAAACCUUGCAAGUGCUGAGAUUGUCGAAUUUAAUCCCUCGCUUUCAGACGACGGUGGAGCCUCUGAAACCUUGGAACUUGGAGAACAGCUAAUCGCAUCAUUCAUGGGAAAGAGUUUACUCUAG